AUGUAUUCUACUAUCUUUGAUAAAAAAAUAACCCAAGAAAAUACUGAAAACGAUUAUAAUGAGCGAGAAAUCGAUUGGAUUAAAUCUUGUCAAUUAGAGUUCGGGCUUAUUUUUUCAGAUUACGGCCUAGAAAAAGCAGCAAAACAAGCCUUCGACAUUGUCAAAUUACACGAUAUGAAAUUCAAUGAUAAAAAAUCUCAAAAAACAUAUAGCUUAUCACAGCAUAACUUGAAAAAGGAAGCUUUCAUUGCAUCCAAUGGUAUUUCGACCGAAUCAAACUUUAUAUACUUCGUCGAAAGGUUUUUAAAAUCGGGGCUGAGUAACAGUCCAAUAAAAUAUUGGUUUGAUGAUGAAGAAAGCAAAUUGGCCAUUUAUUUUGGAGUCUAUAGCGAACAAUUGAUACUGGAUAUACCUAUAAAGCCGAGAAAAUUAUAUUCAGAAAAAAUUAAAAAAGCAUUGAAAGAAGAUAAACCGUAUCCAGAAUUAGAAUAUCUCUUUAAACAGUAUGGUUAUUUCUAUCAAUCCAAAGUUACAAUCGGAGCAAAGCUUGAUCGGAUAUUUGAAUUCUAUUCAAAAGACUUUGGAGAUAAAAUCAAUAAGUCGAAUUUAAAGAAAGAUGACUUACAAUCAUAUCUGGAAGAAUUCAAGAAAUCCGUAAAACCAUUUGACAGUUCAUAUUUAUGCGAUUAUAACUUAGAUCCAAUAAAAACAAAGAAUAUUGAAAAAUGGCUUGCCUCAAUUCCCGAUCGUAUAACCGAAUGGAGAGUAAUUAAACGACAAGUCACGCCUUUAUAUCAUAUUCUGGGAGAACCUAUCCGCAAGCAAGUUGAUUAUUUACUUGGAUCGGAAAGCCGUAUUUUGAUGUCUGGACGAGAUCAAGUCAACAAUUACAAAUGGAUAAAAUUUACGGAGCCACUUCAUAAAGCUAACUACCAUAUUUUUGGUCGUAUAAUUAGUGAAAGUGGAGAUGAACACAUAAAAGCUGUUCCAAAAUUUAAGUAUUUUGAUGUGGGAGGCUUCGGAAUUUCAAUCGAAUCAUCUGAAAACAAGGACGAAACACAAGAGCAUACAGUAGUUUGGAUAAUGGUUGGAACCCCUUAUGAAAUUAAAUAUUCUGAUCCAUCCAUUCGCAACAUAGAAAUCGUUAUUGGUUCGACUCCAAUCAAGGAAAGAGAAGUAGAGUUAAACAUUAAUCAAAUUCUUUGCCCAGGCUAUAUUCUCACAGCGUCAUUUAUUUAUCCCUAUUCAAACGUCGAACCAAACUUUGUUUUUAAAAUUUCAUCCUGGUCGAGUCGAGGAAUUAUUACUCUCGAAAUAACUCGUCAAACACCAAGUGAAUGCAAUUUAUUUGAUAAUGAGGAAAAAGCAAUGACAUUGUCUUGGUGUUUGAUUUUAGUCGCACCAACGAAAUUCAAAGAA